GUUAGUGACUGCACCCUUGCUUGUAUGCCUGCGGAGCCUACGAAAUAAUGCCUUCGACGCACAAGAGAGACAAACCCUGGGACACAGACGACAUAGACAAGUGGAAGAUCGAUGACUUUAAGCCAGAAGACAAUGUCGGUGGUACUUUUGCAGAAGAGUCUUCCUUCGUUUGCCUUUUUCCCAAGUAUCGCGAACUCUACCUAAAACAAGCCUGGCCCCUUGUCACGAAAGCACUAGAGAAAAGAGGAAUUGCAUGUACACUCGAUUUAGUCGAAGGCAAAAUGGAAGUGCGAACGACCCGGAAGACAUUUGAUCCUGCUGCCAUACUGGACGCAAGAGACCUUAUCAAGCUGCUUGCACGGAGCGUUCCAGCGCCACAGGCGAUUAAGAUUCUCCAAGACGAUACCGCCUGUGACGUGAUCAAGAUACGGAAUCUCGUGCGAAACAAGGAAAGAUUUGUGAAGCGACGGCAGCGACUUCUUGGACCCAAUGGUUCUACGCUCAAGGCUCUCGAACUCCUCACAAGCACUUACAUCCUGGUGCAAGGCAACACGGUCAGUGCCAUGGGUGGUUACAAGGGGCUCAAGGAAGUCAGAAGAGUGGCCGAAGACUGCAUGAACAACAUUCAUCCCAUAUACCAUGUCAAAGAACUCAUGAUCAAAAGGGAAUUGGCCAAGGAUCCCACUCUCAAAACCGAAAGCUGGGACAGGUUUCUGCCACAAUUCAAGAAGAAGACGUUGAGUAGAAGACGAACGCCCUAUAAGCUUACCGACAAGACAGCCAAGGUCUACACUCCCUUCCCGCCACCGCAAGAGAAGAGCAAGAUCGACCUCCAGAUUGAGAGUGGCGAAUACUUCCUCGCAAAGCAGGCCAAGGAACGCGCGAAGGAGCAAGAGAGGAGGGAACGACAGAAGGAGAAGAAUGAAGAAAAGCAACGCCAACGAGAACAGGCCUUUGUGGCUCCGAAGGAGGACCUCCCAGAGAAAGCGAAGAAGAGGAAAUCGUCUGCUGAUAGAGAGGUCCACAAAACGAAGAAGGCGAAAACAGCUGUAUGAGCGAUGCAAAAAUUCACCUUUGCAUCAUUAAGCGCGACCACAGCGAGCAAAUCCCGACCCACGUACACUUUCGACCGCUGACCGCCGGCCAUGACUUGUAUCUUCAUUGAAGCAGAAGCACUCGGGCCAGUUCAUGCUACUGUCGAGACUCGAGCGGAACGGUGAGCCUGUCAGCUGCUAUGAGCUUUCAGCAUCCCCAUCGUCCGAAUUUCUGGAAACCUGGAGUUCUCCCUGAUGCAUUGCGUACAGCCAGUGAUCAAGAAGGGGUUUGCCUGACGAACAGAAUGCGAGGCACCGCGCUCGGAGCAGAGGACGCCAAAACAAGAUCCUAGUAAUCAGUCGGAUCUGCUCGAGUCUCGAUGGAGAUCCGAAACUCCAAUCCGCAAACCCGUCACCGAGUAUCGCACUUGUAUGGCGUUGGCCCCCUUCCGCAAUCCUUUUGCAAAGGUCGCCCCAGCCUGAUUUACGCCUAGAUCAUGUUAGAACAUGGAUCUCCUUGGCGUAUGACCCAUAAAACACCCAGGUACAGGCAGUCGACUGCAGCCAGCCCUACCGUCUGCCGCUGAUGGAGCUUCACCUUUUUCGGUUUGCCUCUACUUCAGGCACAUCUAUUCGGUCCCUGGGCGUGGUGGAGUGACGCGACAAUGAAGACAAAGUGUAUGUCGGACACUCAAUGACAGUGUCUCCUGCGAGCAGAGAAGGUCUAGACCUGUACAUGAUGUCAAUUGGGGAGGAUCGGUAUUUGCUCCGCUUACCCACGUCGGGGGAGAGACGGGGCUGACGGCGAGCAAACAAAUACGAUUAUGCAAUCCAUGAUACAACAAAUGGACAAUUCAAUUAGCGACGUGCAUGCCAAUACGACGAGGACCAAGGUCAUUCUGCAAUGGGCUACUGCUUCUUCUGUUUGAUUGGGUCUCUGCGGCGAAACCCCCUUGCAAAACCAAAAGCCGCACAAACUCUCGAGGAGAAUAAUUUCUCCGUUCCGGGCCUCCACAUUGGCUUUUUCCAGCCAUGUCCAGACCAAGCACACAACCCACCAGUACACCACCAAUGGAUCAUGCUCGCUCCAAUUGACUGAGCGGAGAAGCGUC